AUGGAGGACACGGUGGUGAACGGGAAAGUCCAGCAGAGUGACGAGGACAUCCAUCUGCACCAGCAGAGCGAGGAAGAAGAAGACGAUGAAGAGGAGCCGCUGCGUCUAAGCCGCUUGAGUGAAAACACGAGACUGGCCACGCGUUACGCGGUGCGCAUCUUCAGAGAGUUCUUGAGCGAAAAGGCGCACAACCCGGACUUUGAGACUUUAGACAAAGAUGCUCUGUGCGCGCUUCUUUGCUCCUUUUACGCGGAGGCACGCUCCAAAAGCGGCCAGUUUUACAGUAAAUCCUCUUUGAUCAGUAUCCGCAGCUCUCUGAACCGGUACCUGAACGAACCUCCCUACUGUCGCACUCUGGACCUCACCAAGGACCCGGAGCUGCGCAGUGCCAACCUGGCCCUAGCAGAGGUGCUGAGGCGGCUGGAGGAGCAGGGAGCAGGUCCAGUGGUCCAGAAACAAGCCAUCACUAGAGCAGAUCUACGCAGGCUAUACGAGUCCCCGGUGUUCCACGCAGAGACACCGUUUGGACUGCUCAACAAAGUCUGGUUCGAGACAUGCAUGUACUUCUGCACGCGCGGGCGGGAGAACCAGCGCGAGUUGGAAGAGGACUCGUUUGGCGUCACGGUGGACGAGGACGGCAGGAGGUUCGUGUAUCUUAAGGCUCUCGGGCACAAGUCCCGCAGCGGUGCGUGGGGAAAGCGGAGAGACACGGAGGAGGACACGCGCCCGCGCAUGUAUGAGACGGGCACUCCCUUGUGCCCAUACGCGAGCUUCGUCCGGUAUGUUUCCAAGCGGAACCCGAUGUGCAACGCAUUCUUCCAGCGCCCGCGGGACCACUGCUGCUACAGUGAUGCCACGUGGUUUGAGAACAAGGCCAUUGGCAAAAACCUGCUGGGCACGCGCAUGCAGAUGUUGUCACGCGCAGCCAAACUCUCCAAAACGUACACCAACCACUGCAUCGGCGCCGUGUCCAUAGCAACGCUUAACAGCAUCGUCGGCGCGAGGACGCUGUGUGUAACCAAGGGAACAAUGAACGGCCACGUGCAGCCACAGCAGCUCGUGGUGUCAGUGGAGAGAGGAGAGUCUCCCAAACCAAAAAGGCUGUGCAUGAGACAAGCACACAGUGACAGCACAGUGGAAGUGCACCAGCAACCCUUUACUGAACAGCCCACACACCUGCCUGCUCACGAGACCCCACAGCAGCAGGUUGUCCGGAGCAGUAGUGACCCUCCUCAAACCCCUGCCUCUCCAGUUUCCGCUCCGGUUUCUGCUCCAGGACUAACUGGGAUCCCCACCGCGGCAAAACUUUCCAAAAGUACUGCCCCCGUCCACAUUGAUGUAGGGGGACACAUGUACACCAGUAGCUUGGCAACGCUCACAAAGUACCCAGACUCAAGGAUCGGCCGCCUCUUUGACGGGACAGAGCCCAUCGUCCUGGACAGUUUAAAACAGCAUUAUUUCAUCGAUCGAGACGGGCCCAUGUUUCGUUACAUCCUAAACUUUCUGCGUACUUCCAAAUUGCUGCUGCCUGACGACUUCAAAGAGUUCUCGGUGCUGUACGAGGAGGCCCGUUUCUUUGAGCUUAGCCCUCUGCUUGCGGAGUUGGAUGUCUGGAGGGCUCAGCGGCAGAAGGCACAGUUGUGGGUGGACUGUGCUCUGGUCCACGUGAGUCCCGGUGUGGAGGAGCGCGUCAGCCUUACUGUGCAGAGAGAGGUGCUGCAGGAGGUGUUUCCCGAGCUGCUGGACGUCCUGAGAGGGUCCCCACACGACACCUGGAACCACAGUGCCACACACGUCGUGAGGUUUCCACUGAGCACGUACAGUCAGCUCACCUCCGUGCAGGUUCUGGAGAGUUUUCAGAGAAGGGGCUUCUGGAUCAGCGGGUCAUGUGGAGGAGGAGUUGACUCAUCCCAGUUCAGUGACUACAUCCUACGCAGAGACGGCCAUGACGGGAUCCAAUUAGUCACUGUGAAGCAGGAACAAGACUGA